ACACGAUUCUCACCACAUGUAACUUUCAUGCGCUUUUUUAGCCAUUGUGAAGGCAAGACAGGUCGAUGAAGCGCGCAAAAGGGAAGAAGUACAGUACAAACUGUAUCUGGCAGUCAAUUCGAUCAGUCUGAGGCAGGGCUUGUUCAGUGUGUUGGCGACGGUAAGCGAAAGUGGCACUGACGAGCUGAGCAUCGUUAAGGAGUUGAUGUCUGACGGCAACGUUUUCGUCCGCAUGGUUCGAUCGCUCUGCCCUGGCAUUUACGGUCAUCAUAUGGUCAAAGCCGGUCUGUUGUUGGCACUUUUUGGCGGUUCUGACAGUUCAUCCGACGCGCUCUCAUUCGGCCGAACCAGUAUCCACGUACUGAUCAUUGGCGAUCCUAGUUUAGGUAAAUUAAACCUAACCAAUUCAUUCAUCGUUUUCCAAACUGGGUAUAAAAUUUCUACAUAUUGCAUGGCCUAAAC